GCUUGGUUUGUCGGACACUAGAUGGCGCGCGCUUGCUUCUUUCCCGCUCGCAAGCACUGAGGAAAAAAUGUUUAGUUUUUAUUCUCUAAAUUCACUAUGUUUCCUGUCAGAAUUUCUGCUUUAUCUGAAUAAUGAGAAUAGAUAUUUUCGCGCCUAAUCUUCCUGCGUCAAAUAUUGAACGAAGGAAAACAAAAUGAAGUGUAUUAUUGAAGGCAAUGGCAUUAAAGUCUUUGGAAAAGCAGUUCAUGCUCUGUCAAGAAUUGGUGAAGAAAUAUGGUUGGAUCCAUUGGAGGAAGGAUUGGCUGUAAGGACAGUCAACUCGUCUCAAUCGGCCUAUGCCUGUUUCUUCUUCACUCCUCUGUUCUUCCAGCAGUAUAUUCCAGAUCCAAACACCCAGAAAGACUGUGAAGCAGUAAAAUGCAAACUAAACACGAAGUGCGUUCUUCCCCUGUUUCGCUGUGUUUCAUGGAGAGAGCGAAGUGUGGACAGAUGUGAGAUAACCAUCAAAGUCCCAGACAGCAGGGUGAUAUUUCAGUUUCACUGCAGACACGGAAUAACUAAGACCCAUAAUUUGGGGUAUCAGGAAUGUGAAGCUUUGCAGGCCGUGUUCCCAGCUCACCUCUGUCCAAAUGUCCUGAAGGCCCACUCCAAACUUUUAGGCGACAUUGUGGUGCAUUUCCCGAUUUCACAAGAAGAGGUCACUCUUUCCAUUUCCUCUCUUAAAGUAGCAUUGAAGACCUUUUAUGAGGAAGAAAAUAGUUGUAUUAAAGGCAUGAACACAGAGCUGAUGCUGCACCCAGACGAGUUUGACUAUUUUCAGGUUGGAGAGGAUUCAGCCAUGACCUUCUGCCUAAAAGAACUGAGGGGGCUGCUGUCCUUUGCUGAGUCUUAUGGUCUACCAGUAUCUUGUCACUUUGGUGUAGCUGGACAGCCUGUAUCCUUCACUGUAAAAGACAUGAUGCUGGAGGCCCAUGUUGUGUUGUCCACAUUAACGGAUCCAGACCACGAAAGCCCAUCUCAAUCUGCACCUGGGGAUGACUGUCCUGUCACCAUCCCCAAGACCUCCACAGCCGAAAUCUCCACAAGUGAAGGCCCCAUGGAGGCAGAGGUGUGCAUUGCUGACGGGGAACGUGUGGCUUCCAGCCAGGGCAGUGAAGUGUUUCAUCCAGCCCUUCAUAUGAGGAAGAUGAUUCAGCUUCAUGCACCUGGAGAGAUCCUGCCAAGACCCAGUUUGGCACCUGAAUCGGCUUUGACUACACCAGUAACACCAGCCACAUUUAAGAUCCGCUCCCUGCUCUUCGGCGCUGUACUCAGUGAUGGCGGGGAUGGUAACACUGCGGAUUUGCCCAGCCUGGUUUGUGGCAGUGACACAGAGGAGGACGGAGGAUCAGAGGAGGGACACAGGUAACACCGUAAGAUAAUCUGAAGCAGGUAACACUGCAGCGAGAAUGCAUGGACGUUACUGGAUGAUACAGCCUACAUAAACUCAGUAGAUUUUAAAGACAAAACAGCAUAUUUUCUGCAGUUAAAUGUUAUCUUUUACAAAGAGUUUGGAUUGUUUUAAAAGUUAACAUAUAUAUUAAAUUGGAAGGGUUUCCUCAAAUGCAGCAGUCAAGGCCAUUACUAGUCUUUUAAUCCUUGUUGUAAAAUGUAAAAUGUAAAAAAAAAUGUAAAAAAGUUGUAAGCUAGUUUUUGGUUUUGUUUCUGUUCUUGUAUGAACAUCUUUGUAAUGUAUAAUACAUGUUUUGUGUGUGCAAACUAUAAGACAACAGUAAAGUUCAAAAGAAGCAGAGAGGCCAAGUGGGGCAAGAUUCACUUUCUGUUGCAGAGCUGAGGAAUGUCUUCCUAAACACACAGUUCAAAUGAGUUCGGUCACCGUGGAGAAGAUAAAUCAAAACUUCAAAACAAACACAUUCUCAAGGAUUGAAGGACUCCAUGUUCUUUGUGUCCACCAGUGAGUCAGAGGAAGAUUUGACUCACUGCUUUAAAAUGCUGCUUAAGAAACCAUUAUAUAAGCCUGCAACAAUUACUGGUAUUGCAAACAUACCUCGCCACAUUAUACAGAGAAAGCUUUGUGUUUCGCUCAACUGUUGAAUUAAAAAAAUAUGUUCAGGAGAAGCUUAAGCUGGUCUACCGGGCAAAACAGAAUAACUUAAUUUCGCUCCCCGUUAGAGGCGUUUUGUUAUUUGAGCUCCUAAUGUGACGGUUCAAUCGAUCGCUAUUGCAUUAGUUCAUGCUCAUGAUGUCUGGGUCACAACCAUUACUACUGGUUUUGUUGACUGCUGACAAACAAAUUUCAUCUCCAAACACUUAAUGCUGAUGUAAUGUGCGAUAUUUCAUGUAAUUUACACCUAAAUUAGGCACAAAGUGUAGGAAAAUUUGCAGUUACACUAAACUUCAAAAUGCAAAGAAAUGGAAGCCUUUAAUAUGAAGUGUGUCAUUUUAGACAAUCUACCAAUAGUUCACAUAUAGCUGACUUAUUCAACAUUAAAAAAAAAUUACACACUUCUGCUUUAACAAACAUUACAUUUCUACAGAACUAGAUCAAGAAAAAAAAAGAGACAGCUACUUUCUGCAGGUGGCCUUGAAGAUUCAUCCGAUGGUGUAAUCCAGUUAAUUCAUCAGGGUGCAAAUGGCUUGUGUGAUUAGAAUAGCUACAUAGCUGAAACAAGCAUUUGUGUGGGUGGAAGACAUCGGUCUCCUGCAGUGUAACAUGCUACACUUCAUCUAAGACUAUUAUUAUAUUCUUAUAUAAUUAUUAUACAUGCUGCUUUUAUGAAUGGCUCAUAGUUGAGAGAUUACAUGCAGUAUUUGCUUUUUAAAAAUUCAUUUGUCACACUGCAAUACCUUUAAGUGAACUACAAAUAAAGCUAAAAUGACAAACGUAGAAACCACCCAGCUCUGAUAUAAAUCACAUUACAAACUUUGCUUGGAAGCAAAAACGUAUUUGAAAAUUGGAGAAAAUGGGAGGGAGGAAUCAUUACUUUUGAACAAAUAGUCCAAAUCAAAUACUGCUAUUGACAGCAUGUAACAUUAGAUAAUUUAAGCACUUCAGUUUAUAAAAACGAACAAAAACGUGUUUACAGUAAAAGCAAUUACUGCAGAAUAUUGAUUUAUUUUCUCUAAAACAAAUUUACUAAAGUAAAAACAGCAACCUACAGAAGUUAUAAAAAUAUAACUUUAUUAGAUCAUGUGAUCCAUGACAUACCCACUUAAAGCAUUCACAGAUGCUAGCAUUAGCUUUGUGCGUAAACACCUUGAGGGAUAUUUUAAAAUUAAAUUUUACAAAAAAAAAAAAAAAGCAAGAAAAAUAUUUUAA